UUUCCUCACUGACCCCCCCCUAAGGAUGGAGAAGGACAGAGACCCGAUGGCUGAGAGAAUCUUACACCUCACCCUAGAGAUCAUCUACCUGCUGACCGGAGAGGAUUACACGGUAGUGAAGAUGGUGACUGAAGAGGGUGAAGGCCGGAGCAGGGAGAAGGUUCCUAUAUCAAGGUUUCCAAUGCACUCACUAAUAAAUAAGGGAAACAGUCAUCAGGAUAUCCUGGAGCUCAUCAACAAGAUGAUGGAGCUGCUGACUAGAGAGGUUCCUAUAAGGUGUCAGGAUGUGGCGGUCUAUUUCUCCAUGGAGGAGUGGGAGUAUGUAGAAGGACACAAGGAUCUGUACCAGGACAUAGUCAUGAUGGAGGAUCACCGGCUCCUCACAUCACAAGAUGGAGUCAUUGAUAUUAAUCCACCCGAGAGGUGUCCCCGUCCUCUGUAUUCCCAGGACUGUCCAGAGGGAAAUGUCCCAGAGAAGCAUCAGAGGGAAGAUCUGAUUGAUAUUAAGAUUGAAGUUAUAGAUGAAGCAGAAGAGGAGACAGAUUUCAUGGCUGAUCAGCAGCUUAUGAGAGAAGUGAAGGAGGAAAUUCCAGGAGGUGUUACUCUAGAAAAGGAAAACUUCAUGUUAUCGCUAUAUUCUAAAGAAGAUGGUGAAGAGAUGACGGAGAACGUUUCAGGAGAAAUGUACAUUAAUGCCCACCCAGGACUUCACAUUACAGAUCUACCAUAUAAUCCCCCUGAUCAUGAGGAACCUUCUCCAGACCACCCAAAAAUUGUCAUAACAAAUGUAGGGCCAAAAGGGGGGAAAAGAGUUCAGUGUGAUGAAUGUGGAAAAGAGUUUUCACAAAACUCAGAUCUUAAUGCACACAGAAGAAUUCACACAGGAGAGAAGCCAUAUUCGUGUUUACUAUGUGAAAAACAUUUUAGGCAUGUCUCCGCUCUUUAUAAACACAGAAGAAUUCACACAGGAGAGAAGCCGUAUUCAUGUUCAGAAUGUGGGAAAUGCUUUACCCGUAAAUCAGGCCUUAAUCAACAUGAAAGAAGACACACAGGGGAGAAGCUGUAUUCCUGUUCAGAAUGUGGGAAAUAUUUUACAGAUAAAUCAAAUCUUGUUACACAUCAGAGAAUUCACACAGGAGAAAAACCGUAUUCAUGUUCAGAAUGUGGGAAAUGUUUUACAACUAAAUCGCAUCUUAUUUUACAUGAGCGAAGUCACACAGGCGAAAGGCCAUAUUCAUGUUCAGAAUGUGGGAAAUGUUUCAUUACUAACACUGAACUUAGGUAUCAUCAGAGAAUCCACACAGGAGAGACCCGGUAUCCAUGUUCUAAAUGUGGCAUUUUUUUAAAAAAUAAAUCAAGUCUUGUUAUACAUGAGAGAAUUCAUGCAGGCAGGAAGGUGCACACAUGUUCACUAUGUGGGAAAGCUUUUCCCAAAAAAUAUUAUCUUACCAGACAUGAGAGAAGGCACAUAGAGAAACCGUAUUUAUGGCCAGGAAGUGGGGAAGGUCGUGUUCCUGAAGGCAUUCUUACUGAUCAGAGAAUUCACACAGGAGAGACGCCGACCUGAUGUGCCGUGUGUGAAGAAUGUUGUACAAGAAAACCAUCAGAAAAGAGAAAAAAACUGAUUCAUGUUUGGGAUGUGGGAAAUGUUAUAAGACUAAAACAGAUUUGUUUAUAUCUCAUUGGGUUCUUCACCGACAAUAAAUAAAAUUACCACAAGGAGAUUUUUAUUCAAAGAUUAAUUCUUACUUUCUUUUUUCCUUCCAACAUUAAGCGCAUAGACGUAACUUGUGUAGACGUUACUUGUCUGGGGUAAAGGAAAUAUGUUAAUAAGAGGACCACACAUGGGGUAAAAGUGCAUAAUCACAUGUAAAUGAAGCAAUGUACAGUGGAUAUACUCAUAUGAUGAUAUAUUG